UCAGUAUGUAAUUAAAUUAUUUAUUCCUUUUCUUUUUUUGUGUGGCACUCCAUUUGGUUCCCACUUUUUCGGUGCUAAAUUCCUUAUACUUAUGGGUCGUUUUGAUAAAUAAUACCUGUAUUUGUAUUUAAUUUUGAGAGUUCAUUCCAUCUAAUCAAGUGGACAGCAACAAACCAGUCCAAAAUGUAUGCAGGAGUUCCCCAAAGAAAGGGGGCUUCAGAACCUGUUAGUACUAUUAAUGGCCCACCAGGAAGUAUACCCGAUGAAUACAAGCAAAACAAGUUGGAGAAUCAACGUGCCAUAAUUGAGAUGAGUGCUAAAAGGAAACGUCAAAUGCAGCUUAUGAUGCAGCCCAAUGAAAAUAGCCGCCCUAAUUCAGCACGUAAAGUCAGAGAAGAGACCCGUCCACUUGUUAAGGGAGAUGCUGCUAAAGAUGCAAAGACUAAAUCUGAUUAUUACAACUAUGUUUAUACAGGUCCAGCAGCUGAACGAGACAAUGGAUCUGGAGAACCUGUAGGAAAUGAAAAUGCUCCAUUGAGACUUGGUAAAUAUAAUGUAAAAGAUGUGACGGAAGAUGAAUCUAAAGACACGAGUGAUUCAGAAGGGGAUGACAUCCCAACAAUCAUGGCAGAUGCGACACCAAGUGAAGUUACACGUAAACCCAAAAAGCAAGUUUCCAGCACAACUCCAACAGCUCUCAUUGAUGAUGAUGUGGAUAGCGAGUCAAUUCCAAUGCCAGUUGCCCCUUCCCAGGGUGGCUCUAGGUCACCAUCUUUACAGAAUGUGUCCCACAAUACACCUGUAGCCACCUUCCAAGCUCAAAACUCUGGUGGUGACAGCACAGAGAAUAUAGAAAAAAAGAAAAAGAAGAAGAAAAAGUCUCGAAGAAAGAAAGAAGAGACUGAGGUUGAGCAAACAGGUGCUGAAGCAGUUGAUAGUCCUCCAGCACCCCGUCCUUAUACACCAGAUGCCACAGAGCUGAAUGACUUUGUUUUACGGCCUGCACCUCAAGGUGUUACAAUGAAAUGUCGUAUAACUCGGGAUAAAAAAGGAGUUGAUCGAAAUAUCUACCCCACAUAUUUCCUUCAUUUAGAGCAAGAUAAUGGCAGGAAGAUCUUUAUUCUUGCUGGAAGAAAGAGGAAACGAAGUAAAACCUCCAACUACUUGAUUUCCACUGACCCAACAGAUUUGGCCAGGACUGGAGAUGCUUACUGUGGGAAGCUUAGGUCCAACUACCUGGGCACACAAUUUACUUUAUUUGACCAUGGAAAUAACCCAAAGAAAGGUUUACAAGAAGCUCGUCAGGAACUAGUGGCUAUUGCAUAUGAAACCAAUGUACUUGGAUUCAAAGGUCCAAGGAAAAUGACCAUCAUAAUUCCUGGUAUGACCAAUGAACAUCAAAGAGUAAAUAUCAAACCACAAGGACAACAAGAUGGCUUGAUAGAAAGGUGGAAAAAGAAGAACAUGGAAAACCUUCUAGAACUCCAUAACAAAACACCUGUCUGGAAUGAAGAUACUCAGUCCUAUGUAUUAAACUUUCAUGGAAGAGUGACUCAAGCAUCUGUGAAAAACUUCCAAAUUGUUCAUGAUAAUGAUGUGGAUUACAUUGUCAUGCAAUUUGGUCGUGUGGCUGAGGAUGUGUUCACCAUGGACUACAACUACCCAAUGUGUGCACUUCAAGCAUUUGGUAUUGCCCUUAGCAGUUUUGAUGGCAAACUUGCCUAAUCUGAAAUCAAACAACUCCAAUGUCAAAUCAGCUGGAUUCCAACCAAACUGAACAUUUUAUUGCUGUGGUUUAAUUUACAAAAAACAAAUACAAAAGAAAUAUCAAUAUAUAUUAGCUACAGUGAGUACUAACUUGUAACAUGUAUAUUCAUUUAAUAAAGUAAAUACUUAGUCUAACCUAUGUAUACCUAUAUAAAACUAAAUACUAAUUAGUCUAACAUGAAUAUUUAUUUAUAAAACUAAAUAAAGCAUAUGUACAUAUAUAAAACUGAUUACUAAUAAUUCUAAUAUAUAUAUAUAUUCAUUUAUAAAACUAAGUGCUCAUUUUAACAUACAUAUAGAUCUCUCUAUAUAUAUAACUAAAUACUAAUGAGUCUAACAUAUUUUUUAUGCUACUAAGUUCUAAUUAUUAUGUUUAAAAUAUAUUUUAUUUGAAAUUAAAGUUAUAAAUUAAACUUAAAUAUAAUAUAUAUAUAUAAAAAUAUAAUUUCAUCUUGCUUAAAAAAACUAACAGUAUUAAAUGAAAUUUUAAAAAUUUUAUUUAGUGAUUUUUUUUAAAAUAAUAAAUUUGUAUACUUAAAAAGCCUGUUAUAUUACGAAUAGGUCAAAACUACAUACCACUAAAGUAUCUGAACUAAAAGUCUAUAUAAGUUCUAUAGGUCUCAGAGGGUUAAAUUACCUUCUGGAUUGAUGUCUGCAAGUGAAUUGAGAUUUAGUUAACUUUUGACUCUAACUGUUUCUAUGGUCUUAGUCUUCUUUUCAAAUUAAAUCUUUAGUAGAACAUACUGCUACCUAAUAGUAUUUCUCUAUCAAAUUAAUGUAGACCUGUAAUCUACAUAUACCACACAUAUGAUGCAGUGUUAAUACAUUGACCAAUAGCUUUGAUAAUAAGUUUUUACACAUUUGUUUUUAGGAACAUUUUAUCUGUAAAACUUUUUGAUUUGAUUCUACUAGACAUUUUGUAUCUAUUUUAGAAAGAGUUUUUAUGUUGUCUGAAAGUAGAAAACUUUUGAAGUGAAAUGCUCCAAUGUUACAUGUCUUUAUUAGUUUGAAUGUUUACAAAUUGACAAAAUAAAAUCUCAAUCAAAUUAACUCUGCCUCUUAAAUCUCAAAAUUGAAUUUUUAGUUCUGCUUAUCUAUGGAAGCUUUGCAUCAAAUUUAUUUUUGUUUGAUUCUGCCUACUGUUUGACUUGUUCUGUCUAAAUCGAUCUAAAGUGUUUUUUGUUUUUUCAUGCUUAGUAAUAUUACAAUAUUUGAAAUAUCAUUAUGUGCAGUUAUUGUCACUUUUAGAAAAACAAAUGUAGUUUUGGAAAAAAAAUUUUUUCAGAAAUAGUAGAUCUAAGAAAUCACCAUUUAUUUCCAGAGAUUGAACAUUAGUUUCAAAUCACUUAGUUUCUCUGUGAUUCUCAUUUUUAAAGUCAAUGUUGUUGUUUUUUUUAAGAACAUAUAAUUUGUUUUCUGUUACCAACAUUUUAAAUUCAGUUAUAUCAUUCAAUAAUAUCUCAUGGGAACAAUCUAGAGAAUUUUUUUUUAUCUUUGGUAACUAAGAGUUAAUGCUUUGAUCUUUUAAACCUGUCUUUUUAGAUCUAUUUUUGAUCUGAUUUCACUUUGAACUUAUUUGGACAGAACAGUCACUUAUUACAGUGAUUGCAGUUUGUUCUGAGCAUGUUAUUCUGUAAUGAAUGCUUUUUAAGGAAUUUCUUUUUUUUUUUUCCCACAAUGUUCAGUUUUUUUUAUUUAUACUGCCAAUUUUUGUGUUAUAUUAUUGUAAAUUCAAUAAGACUACAUUUGACAAUUCCUAUUUACAGUGUUUGAAUAUAACUUUAAAUAGCUCUAGUAACUAAUGGGUUCUUGGAUUGUCUUGAUUCUCACUAUUGUAUCAUGGAACAGGUUCUUUUUAUCAUCUUUUAUUUUUGUAUCUUUAAUUCUGUGCCUAACUGGAUCUUGCUAAAAAAAUAAAUCUUUUUUUUUUAACUUAACUUCUUUCUACUGUUUGACAUUGCUAAUUAACUUUUUAAUUAUCUGGACUCAAAACUUGCCAAUAUUUCACUGAGUUCUAAUUUUGAAUUAAUAUCUCAUUUAUUUGCUUUGAUCUGUCAUACCAUUUUGGACUAUGAUUUGCUUUAAUUCAUUCUUCAUUUUACAAUGAAUUUGUAUUUAACCUUUUUUAGUAAUCUAUUCCAACUAUUCUGUCCAUUUCAAGUCUGCUAGUCUAAUGAUCAUUUUGUUCUCUCUCUCUUCAUCUUGACUUGCUUGCAAUUGAGCAAAAAAUUCUUGCACUUUUUUUUUCCUCACUUCAAUGAAUUCCGUUAACAAACCUGUGAAGAGAUUUUUGUUUAGUGCAUGGAUUUUUUUUUUCUAUCACUGGUCUCUAUUUACACAAGUCAGUGUCAGUACCUAUGUAACAAAAUUCCAUAAUUAUUGACAAUUUUUUGUUUGAUUUUUCCGUCCUGAUUCUUUACUUAUACAAAUCUAUAAAUAGUAUGUAUUGUCAUUAUUGACACUUUAUACAACAUAUUAUUGAAAUAUUUAUGUAUUUAUACGUUUACUUAUUUGCUUAAAGCUUUAUGUGUUUGUUUUGAGUUUCUGAGCAUGAGUGCAGUAGUCUUGACUAGUUCAUUCUACUGUUUGUUCAUUUACUAGUUCAUUCUACUGUUUGUUCAUUUACUUGUUCAUUGUAUUGUUAGAUGCAUUUCUUUUUUUUUUUUGUUUUUGUUUUUGUACAGUCUGUAACAAGGGCUUUAUAUAAUUUUGUUUUCAUUGAAUCAUUCUAAACCUUGAGUUCAGUUUCUGCUUUUCUAACUGAUGAGCAAGACAUCCCAUUACAUUUCUGUAUUAGAUCUCAUUCUAUUUUGUUUCUCUAUGGCUCAAACAUUUGGAAUCACCUAAUGAGGUUCACUAGUGCAACAGCUAUUUAUAAGUCAAAAAGUGUUAAAUAGAAUCUUAGUACUGCAGUUUGGACUGAGUCUUGCAGGAGCUUCUAUCUGUUUUAGUACUGCAGUUUGGACUGAGUCUUGCAGGAGCUUCUGUCUGUUUUAGUACUGCAGUUUGGACUGAGUCUUGCAGGAGCUUCUAUCUGUUUUAGUACUGCAGUUUGGACUGAGUCUUGCAGGAGCUUCUGUCUGUUUUAGUACUGCAGUUUGGACUGAGUCUUGCAGGAGCUUCUAUCUGUUUUAGUACUGCAGUUUGGACUGAGUCUUGCAGGAGCUUCUAUCUGUUUUAGUACUGCAGUUUGGACUGAGUCUUGCAGGAGCUUCUAUCUGUUUUAGUACUGCAGUUUGGACUGAGUCUUGCAGGAGCUUCUAUCUGUUUUAGUACUGCAGUUUGGACUGAGUCUUGCAGUUGCAGGAGCUUCUAUCUGUUUGACAUCACUUUGACUUCACUGUUAUGAAAACUGAACAUGGCAUUGUGUCACUUCAUUUGUUAACCUGUUGGCAGCACCCAAGUGCUUGUGGAGAUCACCACAGUGCUACUUGUAGGCACCUAGGUGCUGGGAGUUAGCACUUAAGUGUAUGAUAUAUAAUUUUAUUUUUUAUUUUCUUGAUAGUGUGAAUUUCAUGUUUUUAUUGUAGAAAUUUUCAAUGGAAGUCAUUUAAUUUAGUAUUUGACUUGAGACUUAGCAACAAACCAAUUCCAUGUAGUCUUCAGUGGUCAGAUAAAAUAACAGUCUGCAGUGGUCAGAUAAAAUAACAAUGUCAAGGCUAUAAGACCUGUACACUAUUGGAGACAGUCUUGACAUUCCAGUGCUAGAUUUGUGACUGCUUGAGAAGUAAAAGAGUUCACAGGAGCUCUCAUGUUUUUGUGAGAGCCACUUAAUUCUUUCAUGGUCUCUGCUAAUUCUCAGUAAAACAUGUUUGAAAUACCUAUACAUAUCUAUGUUACUGUAGGUCACUUGGAUGUCCAACUGAAAUAUAUGUCUCUAUGUUAGGUCACCUGGAUGUCCAACUGAAAUAAUAGAAUUAAUUAUCUUUAUUGUGUAUGAGGAAAUUCAUUGUAUAAUUUGUGCAUUAAAAAAUACAUGUGAAAUGUUUACAUCAGCUAUAUCAAUUGCAUUGGAUUGCCAGGGGAACAAAGGAAUUUUUGUGUCUGUUUGGUCAAUGGUAUCUUGUAACUCUUUUUGUGAUGGUCAAACCUCAAAUCCUGAACUCACGCAAAUAUAUGUAUAGUCAAGACUGUAGUUAACAUUUCAAGUUACUUGUCUACAUUGUAGAAGAUUCACAUUUUUGUGGGAGACUUUCUCAAGUAUUUGUUUGACUCUUGACAAAGACUCUGUGUAUGUGUUCUUCCUCCAGUAGUCAUGGAAACAUAGACACUACCUGAAUAGCAGGACAGUUGCAUGUGUUUGAAUCAUUUCUUCAUUCCUGACAUUUCCUGUAAAGUAAGCAACAAAGAAAUGGAAUGAAUCAAAUCAUUGAAUUUAGUUUAGUUCAUAAGUCUGAGUGAACUAAUAUCUAGUUGUUUUUCCACUUAAGAUAGUUUACAAAGACAGUUCAGCAGAUCAUGCUAAGUUUGAAUUAGCGGCAAUUAAACUGUGACCUAUUUAAGCAUAGAAAAUCUCUCUGUUAUUACUGGAUAAUCACCGAGCUCUCUAUAAAACUUAGAAAUCAGAACGAGGCCAUGUUAUCUUUUUCUAGCAGAACACGCAAGGCUAGGAGCGGUGAACUAAUUGAUCAGGUCACGUGAUCAACAAGGUUUACAAUGUUAUUUGUUUCUAUAGACCAGAUUGACAGCGCCGGCGACUAUAGUAGACCAGACUAUAUAUAUGUAUUGUGUUCAUUGCUUGUUCGCUUUAUUUGUUACUGGCCCAAGUGUGAAUUUUUUUUUUUUUAAGAUUUGUUUUGAAGUGAGUUAUUGUUAGUAUUAUUUUUGUUAUGAUAAAAAUAUGAUAGUUAACAUGUUCGUAACUUUUGGGGGCUAUCACACAUUCAAUUCUCAAACCCUAAUAAAGGUUGAAAAUAUGAAUUUAUUCCUAACGCGUUAUGCAUAGUAUUGACAUUAUACAGAAUGUGUAGUCAUGUUUGUCCAAUUUGAAUUUCUGAUUGUCACCCAGACUCUUUGUACCUAAUAGAUUAGAUCUACUGGAGAAUUAGAGAGCCUAUUAGAGUUGAAUGCCUUGGAGUGCCUGUCACCGCUUGGUCUGAUGGCUCACUGUGUCAAAUUUCUUACAUUUUGUUUGAUUUCUGUUAGAGAUUUAAUGUUCCGUCCAUGAUGAACUACAUCCAUUUUUGUAAUCACCUGAUGUAUUAGUGUCUACUGUUUGUGUUAUCAUUGAUUUCUAGAUAGAUCUAGUGAACUUAGGUUUUGUUUUCUGUGUUUUUGUUCUACAGACAAAUGUAACACUGGAGAAAGUCAGAGAUUAAAACAUUAGCGUCA